AUGUCAACCAUCCUCGUGAAGGGCAAAUACAAGGACUGCAGUAAAGUUGGAUUAAACCCCUUCUGCAAACUUAACCCGGCACCAGAAGCCAAAUCUGUUUUCUGGAAAGCCAAGUAUGAUCAUGAAGCUGCCAAGAAGGCUAGAGCCGCUGCCAUGGCCGCCAGGAAAACAACCCGGAAGCCAAAGAAGAAGACUGCAUUUGACUUAUUCCACCUGGAUGAUGCUUCUGAGUCGGAGUGGUCAAGCAAAGUCCAAGAAAGCCAAGCGCCAGAAGACUCGGCUGUCCAUGCUCAAUUGGACCCUCCUGAGCCGUCAGCUGACGAAACCAUUGUCGAUCCAUCCACCGUCAGGCUGCCUGGUUCAGCUAACCCGCCAACGUCUCCUGACCAUGACGUUCUGAUCACUGGCAGCAGAUUCAUUGAGCCAGGUAAUCCAACAGUGCUGGCUAGGAACUCUGCCAAACAAGAGGCCUUGGAAAGGCAGAAAGUACGGUUUGAUGUCUCUCACUAUGCUCACCUGAACGUUAGUGACGUGUUGUCCGACUAUCUCAGUCAUGUGCAUUCCAGCCGUGACUCGGAAAUUGAGAUGGUCAAGCAAUUGCAACUAAAAUAUGAGACUGCCCUAACUGAAUUGGGCUCUCAAUUGACGGAUGCAAAGACCCGGCUGGCAGAUCAAGAGGCAGAGAUAAAGACUGCUAACUCCAAACUCCAAUUGAGUCUAUCUGAAACUGAAAAAUUGAAGACCAGUUUGACUGAGAAGAAGAAAUCCUGGGCCGAUGAGAAGACCUUGCUGGUACAACGUGCCGAGGCAGCAGAGGCGGCUCUUGAGGAGGUUACCACGGAGCUCACCAGCUUAAAAAACCGUGUGUCUCAAAUGGUCUCUGCCAUCUUCGGUCCACGGAGUAACAAUCUGAGUCCAAACAGUGUGAUAAAACUGAAGGCGGUUUAUACCUUGGUGGAGCAACUGUACACUGGGGCUCAACGGGCACUUGUUACUAUCUUCCCUGCCAAUCAAGGACCCAACCAUUUGAGUGAUGUUUUGAAGAAGCUAUCCAUCUUACCUGCCAGAUUUCAAGAGGUCAAAAGGUCUUGUGCAAGAGCCGGAGCCCUGACUGCCCUGAGCCGUUCCAAAGCCUGGGUGCCGGAUUUAGACCCGGUGGACGUGGCCAAAGGGUACCCUACCAUGAAGGAAGACGGGACUCCGUUUGAGCAAGAUGACUUUAUUGCCUGUGUGAGGGGAGUUCGUCCUCAGGCUACCAUCUCUUGGUGAGGAGACCAACAUCGACAAAUAUCAGCCGAGUUCUGAUAUGGAGAAUAAGAAGAUGGCGACUCCCUCUUAUAAAGUGACGUAUCUAAUCCCGCCGGUUCGUCAACACACUUUUGCCCCGGAAAUUGACUCGGCCGGUCUAAUUGACGAUGAGUCUGAGUUCAUUGCUCUGAACGGCUUUGACUGGUCCAAUCCCAGCUUCCAAACAAUGGAGGGAGGUGAGCCAGCCAGGGAGGAGUCAUAACCAUCUGAAUAAUCCAACUUUUUCGCUUAAGACCUUCUUAAGAGAGAAAACAGUCUAACCUUUUGGGCUCUCAAUGCCUUGUAAUAGGUUAGUUUGAAAACUGCAUAUUUUGCCUAUGCCAUCGUGCAUAGAAUGCUGCAUAUGACCUUUUGCCCAUGAUGUCAAUAUAUGCAUUAUAUCCAUGGUCGCAUCUGUAGUGUUUGAAUCUGUUCUUGUAAAAGAUGAAAAAACUGUCCUGGCGGUUUAGCACCGGACGGGUCAAAACACCCGAUAUAUGACUAUGAAAUUAUCACAGUGGAAAAACAGAACCAAAUGUAAGAUAAACAAGACUGAAAAAACCUUUGACUAACGAAAAAACAUAGAGAAGUCUGUUCAUGAAUGACACUGUCAUACCUGUGUUCUUUGAAUCUGGACUGCCGAUUUACAUGACCCUGCUGAUGAGGUUGAUAACCCAAUCUUUUUUAGAAGUCAAUACUUCCAUAUGUCUGAUGACUGUUAUGCCUUGGCGACUCAUUGUCAAAUAACCGAGCCGGUUUAAUUUGAAAUCAUACUGACAGUUAGAUUUGAGACGAUAAAAAACAGUAAGACAAAACACUAGGCUUCAGACAAUAUAAAUCAAACAUUAAAUAAAAACUGGAGGCUUCUGAUUGGAAUAUGAUCAGUAAACCGGACAAAAGGGGUUAAGCUAAGAUUCGAAUACGAUCAUAUAGCCCCAAGUG